CGCGCCUCAUUCUCAAUGCUCAGACCUUCGUCUUCCUCCUCCCCUUCUUCACUGUCUCCCGCUUCCUCCGCCGCCAUUUUUCUCAGCUUCCCAUUCUUCUCCCUCGUAUGCCAUAUCCUCAUCUUCGUCCUUCUCUUCAAUUCUGCAAAGCUCCAAAAUCCUCCCAUUCUUUUCCUCAUUUCGCAAUGAAGGACCGCUCUCCUUCCUCCAAUGCCGCCGUCUACGUCCCUCCUCACCUCCGUCUCCGCUUCGUUCUUACUUCUUCCAAUCAUUCCCCUACUGUUUCCGGUGUUCACUGCAAGCUUCGCCAGGCGGAGGCUCCUGCUCCGCCUUCUCUGCAUGCUCCUUCUCAGGAACUGUUCGAUUCCGCCUAUCACAAUGGGGCUCCGGUGGAGAGUCAGGAUUGUAAUUUUGAGUUUUCGAAUCAAUCGGGCGUUUCACCUGCCGUCAAUAUUGAUUUGUGGAAAAGAAAGUUGGCAUUACUCUUACGUGACAAGGACAUGCAAGAGGUAGUUUCAAGGGAAAAAAAAGAUAGACAUGAUUUUGAGCAAUUAGCUGCUUUGGCGAGUAGCAUGGGACUUUUUAGCCAUCUAUAUGCCAAAGUUGCGGUUUUUAGUAAGGUCCCAUUGCCAAACUACAGAUUUGAUUUGGAUGAUCGGCGUCCACUGAGGGAGGUCUCUUUACCUUCUUGGUUGCUUAGAAGAGUAGAUGAACAUCUGGGAGAGUUUCUCUCUCAGAAGUCUAGGUUUGAAGGUUUUCAAGAUAUCUCUGACUAUAGAUCAAUUAGCAGUGCUGGCAUUGCUACAGAUGAAGGGCUUUUUGAGCAACCUGUGCUACAAGCAUCUAGUAAGGCUGUGAUGGAACAAAUUCUUUGGCGAAGAAGUUUGCAUCUGCGUGAACAACAGCAUGCUUGGCAGUCAUCUCCUGAAGGAAGAGAAAUGCUGGAGUUUCGGAAAAGUCUCCCUGCUUACAAGGAGAAGGAUGCAAUAUUGACCACAAUCUCACAGAAUCAGGUUAUUAUUAUAUCAGGUGAAACUGGUUGUGGCAAGACUACGCAAGUUCCCCAAUUCAUUUUGGAAUCAGAAGUAGAAUCACUUCGUGGAGCUGGUUGCAGCAUCGUAUGUACACAGCCAAGACGAAUAUCUGCUAUGUCUGUCUCUGAGAGAGUCGCUUCUGAGAGAGGGGAGAAAUUGGGUGAAUCUGUUGGUUAUAAAGUGCGGCUGGAGGGUAUAAAGGGGAGGGAGACUCAUCUACUCUUUUGUACCACGGGCAUCUUGUUGAGAAGAUUGUUGGUUGAUAGAAAUUUGAAAGGCAUAACUCAUGUUAUUGUUGACGAAAUCCAUGAACGUGGAAUGAAUGAAGAUUUUCUGCUUAUUGUCCUGAAAGAUCUCCUUCCUCGGCGGCCAGAAUUGAGGUUGAUUCUAAUGAGUGCAACUUUAGAUGCAGAACUUUUCUCAUCCUACUUUGGUGGUGCUCAAAUUAUUCACAUUCCGGGAUUCGCACACCCUGUCCGAACUCAUUUUCUGGAGGAUAUUCUAGAAAUGACGGGUUACAGAUUAACUCCAUACAAUCAAAUAGAUGAUUAUGGUCAAGAGAAGACAUGGAAAAUGAGCAAACAAGCACCAAGAAAGAGGAAAACCCAGAUUGCCUCCUCUGUUCGGGAAACACUUAUGGCAGCUGAUUUUAAGGAGUACAGUCUUCAAACUCAGGAGUCUUUAUCGUCUUGGAAUCCUGAUUGUCUUGGUUUUAAUCUCAUUGAAUAUCUUCUAGUCCGCAUAUGUGAGAGUGAAAUACCUGGAGCUAUUCUUGUUUUUAUGACUGGGUGGGAUGACAUCAGUUCUCUGAAAGAGAAACUUCAGUCUCACCCUUUAUUAGGAGAUCCAACUCGUGUAUUGUUGUUGGCUUGCCAUGGUUCAAUGGCCAGUUCAGAGCAGAGGUUAAUAUUUAUCGAACCUGACAAGGGAAUGAGAAAGAUAGUGCUUGCAACAAAUAUUGCUGAGACAAGUAUCACUAUAAACGAUGUUGUGUAUGUUCUGGACUGUGGAAAGGCAAAAGAAACAUCGUAUGAUGCUUUAAAUAACACUUCUUGUUUGCUUCCCUCAUGGAUAUCCAAGGUUUCUGCUCAACAAAGAAGAGGAAGGGCUGGCCGUGUUCAACCAGGCGAAUGCUAUCAUCUAUACCCUAGGUGUGUGUUUAAUGCUUUUGCCGAGUAUCAGCUGGCAGAAAUUUUGAGAACACCUUUACAGUCCCUCUGCUUGCAAAUAAAAAGCCUAAAGCUUGGAAGUAUAUCGAAGUUUCUAUCUAGGGCUUUGCAGUCACCAGAGCCCCUAGCGGUUCAGAAUGCUAUUGAAUAUUUGAAGAUCAUUGGAGCAUUUGAUGAGAAUGAAAAUCUUACUGUAUUAGGUCGUUAUUUGAUUAUGCUCCCAAUGGAGCCAAAACUGGGAAAGAUGUUGAUAUUAGGUGCUAUUCUCAAUUGUUUGGAUCCAAUUUUGACCAUUGUUGCUGGCCUCAGUGUGAGGGACCCUUUCCUAAUGCCACUGGAGAAGAAGGAUGCUGCAGAGGCUGCAAAGUCCCAAUUUUCACAAGAUCAUAGUGAUCACCUUGCUAUCAUCCGGGCUUAUAGGGGAUGGAAAGAAGCAGAGAGGAACUUUGGUGGAUAUGACUUCUGUUGGAAGAACUUCCUUUCUGUACAAUCAAUGAAGGCUAUUGAUUCACUGAGGAAGGAGUUUUUCUCCUUGCUUAGAGAUACUGGCUUGGUUGAUGGGUACUUGGACUCCUACAAUGCUUGGAGUCUUGAUGAACAUCUCAUACGUGCAGUUAUUUGCUAUGGCCUAUAUCCUGGAGUUUGCUCUAUUGUGCAUAACGAGAAGUCAUUUUCUCUCAAAACUAUGGAGGAUGGCCAGGUGCUUCUCUAUUCGAACUCGGUCAACGCCCGAGAGUCGCGGAUUCCAUUUCCAUGGCUAGUUUUCAAUGAGAAGAUAAAAGUGAACUCUAUUUUCCUUCGAGAUUCAACAGCUAUUUCUGACUCAAUGCUGCUUCUCUUUGGUGGAAACAUCUCAAAGGGUGAUCAUGAUGGACACUUGAAAAUGUUGAGCGGUUUUUUGGAAUUUUUUAUGAAACCUGAUGUAGCUGAGAUGUAUCAGAAAUUAAGAUUGAAACUUGAAGAGCUUAUACAGAAGAAACUACUAAAUCCAAAGAUGGACUUGCACUCCCACCAUGAGCUCCUAUCUGCUGUACGCUUGCUUAUUUCAGAAGAUCAGUGUGAAGGUCGAUUCGUUUUUGGCCGCCAGAUCUUUCAGCAGCCCUCCAUGGCAUCUACUACUUUGGCAGCGGCACCAACUUCUGUUUCAAGAACGGAAAGUCGACCUGGUGGUGACAAUUCUAAAAGUCAGCUCCAGACAUUACUAACAAGGGCUGGAUAUGCUGCACCCACCUAUAAGACUAUGCAAUUGAAGAACAAUCAAUUUCGAGCAACUGUGGAAUUUAAUGGACUGCAAAUUAUGGGACAACCUUGUACCAACAAAAAGAAUGCAGAAAAGGACGCAGCAGCUGAGGCUCUUGAGUGGUUGAUGGGUGGAACUCGGUUGGGGCACGAGUAUAUCAAUCAAAUGUCUCUGAUGCUAAAAAGGAACAAGAAGGAUCAUAACUAAGUCGAUCAUCUCCACCUUUUUUAACGGCAGCGUAGUUUGAAAAUGCAGUAAAGACAGAGCACCACCAAUGAAAGCUCAGGUAUUGCUCAUCAGUUCACUGUCCUAAUCUCAUGAAGAUACUUCAAA